GAGGGGGUGGAAGAGGAGGCGGAGAGGAGGGAGGUGCUUGGUGGUGAUGAGAGGAUGUCGAGUGAUCCAGGCCGGGGUGGCGCGGUUGCCGCUGAAGAGUUGGUUGUCGGUCAGUACUCUGAGCAUGAUGACGCGGACGAUGAAGGCGAUGGCUCCCAUACCCAUGUGGAAGAGGGGUCAAGCGGGUAUAAAGAGUAUGAGAUUUCUCAGGAAGAUGGUGCUGCCCAUGGGACUUGGGAGCCUCGGUGGGAUGAUGAUCCCCGCGUGAUUGCGGUCGACCACAAUGUGCUCCACGAGGAGGAAUAUGUCCGCGACCAUGAGAUCUCCCGGGGACAUGACGGCGAUAGGCAAGCUGGUGAAGAUGUUGUGAGCACAAAGCGAAGCGAGGAAGAGGAGGGAAGUGGAAUAUGUAAGGAGGAACGGAAAGGGAGCGGAGAAUGGCGUGUAACCUGGGGCUCAUUGGUGCAGGAAAUAGAGGAGGAUGAAGGAGACACCCUCCCGCCGGGCAGAGUCAUGCUUAUGGAGCGGCUGUGCGAUCUGGUGCAGAGGUUAUCUUCGGUGAGGGUGGGCGGCGGAAUGGAGGCGGACGUCAUUGAGGUCCUGAAUGCCAAGGUUGACGAAAUGGAGGACCUCCUGGUGCUGGCUGAAGAAUCAGCCGAGGCUGAAGCCACGGCAGACGUUGAGGAACAUGCGGAGACUGAAGAAGAAGCGGCGGAAACCGAGGCGGAAGCGGAAGCCGAGGCGGAAGCGGAACGAGCAUCAGAAACCGGUGCUCAACCGGCCGGGGCACGUCAUGAAGGGGACGAAGCAGGGACGGAGGUGGAAGCAGAGUUGCAAGAGGUUCAGGUCGGGCCUGGGGAUAAAGAAGGCAGCAAAUGGGACAGCGGUCGAUCAUCCGCCAUCCUCUCGGUCCCAUUGUCACAGGUGGACUACCAAGACGUUCGCGACCUUGCCAGCCCCCGCCCAUGGUUCGCCGCCGCCUUCCAAUUCUCGGACUUGGAGAUCUCGCCGACUCAGUCGCAACCGGAGCUCGCAGCGGCCACCAACGAGGCCCUUGAGGCAGCCAAGCGGGCGGCCCAAGCCCAAGCUGAGAUGGCAGAGCGGGUGGCGACCGAAGCAGAGAAGCUAAACCUCGAGUUGGCCCAGGUGGUCGCGAAGCUGCAAGCUCGAAAGGAGGAAUCCGACCACCUCCACUCCCUCCUGAUCGACCGCGCCGAGGCGGCAGCCACCCGCAUUCUCGACCUGGAGAAGGAGGUUUGCGACCUCGAGGACGACAUCCUCGCCAACGAGUCAGAGCUGCGGCACCUGCGGCUCAAGAUUCGGGCGGUCGAGACGCUGUGCUGUGAGUUUGUGCAUCCGGACGCUGACCCGGAGCUGUUCCGGAGCAUCGAGAAUUGGAAGGCCGACUGGAUGCUGGUGCGGGACCGGAUGCUGGAGCGGAAGAAGGACCGCAAGGAGCGGCGGCUGAGACUGCACCGGGCCGGGUGCGUCAUCAGUUUGCUGGAGGAGCGCGAGGAGGAGUCGACCCUGGGAUCGAUGUCGGUGUCGCUGCUGGGCCUGGGGAGGAGCCCCAAGAAGGCUUACUGAUUGAUCACGAUGCAUGUCUGUCCGGAGUUGGGCCCUGGAAUUUGGUUUUUAAUGUUGUUGGGCGUUUGCAUUUCCGUCUUGGUGCCGGUUGCAUUGUCUCUCGCUUCGUUGAUACCCAGUGAGACUGGCAUGGCUGCAUGGCUGCAUGGCAAGCAAUGGCGUUGCGAACGGCGGUUCGUUGGACGAGGUGGGAUUGUACAGAGUUGGCAGAACGUCGUUAGUCUUAUAGAUUUAGGUGGACCUCGUC